ACAGCUUUAUUGCUCUAGUGUACGUGAGGCUAGCAGUUCGCCGAACCCUGUCUCCACGGCUGGCGGCAAGGGGACAUUCUCGUGAUCGACAAUCUGCACCUUGUGUGGAUUUCAUGAACAAGAAUGAGAUCAAGUUCCGUUCAGAAUUGUCCGCAAAACGACAUGGCAAAAUCCUGGAAACACCCGUGUUCUUGUCUGAUCCCCCUUGGCGUCUGGCAGGAAUUUGCCGACUGGACGUAUCCCCAGAUGGCCCGCGAUGGGUCAAUCGCGGUGCUGGACUACCGUUAUGAUGCCCUCGCUGUUCUUUCUGACGUGCUUGCUGCAGAAACGGUUUCCCACCACGCCUCCGCUCCCGAUCGUGGGGGGCUGGUCAAAAGUCAUGGCGUCCAUCUCUGCAGGCUUGUCCGUGCCGUGUCUACCGCAUUGCUGGGGGGAUUUGACAACAGAGAUGAGAAACUGUGGUACGAUUGCACCCCCAUCUCUGAGUGCGUAAUUCACUCCACGGGGACGCUCAUAUCGAGAUGGCAUCACCUGCUCGUUGUAUUCCAAAGCUAUGGGGAUGCCUGCACAGAAGAUGAGGAGAGAUUUUGCCAUCCGGAUCAUCGUCCCCGGCGGUGUUGUUGUCUUUGCCCGCUCCUCGGGUGUCUCGGCUUCAACAUACCGAUAUGGCUGCGUUGGCCGAUGAUGGCGCAACAAUCUAAAAUUGCUCACAGGGCUCGCAAGAUGUUGCGGAAAAAGGAAGAGCUUCCGCCAUCGAGACGCAAGCAGGGGUGCUACUGUAGCGGCGAAUGUCGGCAAACCGGCGUAGGGGGCGGCCAAUCAUGCCAGCCUAGGUGAGCCAAGAAACGUGCCGGGCUCUGCGCAUCACGGUGAGCAAGACGAGGGCAAGAGAAUGUGGUGGAGUGUCGACUGUCGAGGGCCUGGAUGCCUGAGUGGUGAUAACU